AUGUCCCGAAGCUGUUUACUUCUGUUGGCAAUCAUGGUUUCGGUCUUGGUAGAAGCUCAAGGUAACUGGCUGAUGCAACGAAAUCUUCAACAAUAUCAAAAUAUGGGGACAAUUAACGACGAACAAAUUCGCAACAUCAAAAAAACCUUCCUCCCACCUCGUUACCAAAACCUUUGGGGUCGAGGUGAAUCGAGCAAAGUAGUUGGACACUCUGCAUUGGCUCCACAGAACAUGGAUGAUUAUAAAAUGAGAACUCAGCAGAGGCAAGUGUUCUCCUGGCAACCAAGUAACACUUUCAACGAAUGGUGA